AUGGCGGACGUGCCAGCUGAGCCGCCGAAGGCCACGGGCGCUGACCUGGCAGCCAGCCGCAGUGGUGCCGGCACGUUGCACUGGCCUCGGGCCGACGCUGAGGCCAACUCCGGCCCAGACCCAAACCAGCCUGCCGGCGCCGCGGCCGGCGCGGCGACCGACGCCAUGGCCAAGGGCGCUCGCGCGCCCGCCGGGCGCGGCGCGGACGGAGCAGCUCAGCCGCGCGCGCGCGCGGCGGGCGCGCAGGCGGUGGGCGGCAAUGCGGAGGGGCUGCUGGCCAGCAGGCUCGUCACCGAGUGCCUUUCGCAGCCCUCGCGCGCAGGCAGCGCGUCGCCGAGCGCCGCGUGCCACCCCAGCCCGUCGCGCUCCACGGACGCCAGGCAGCUCAAGCUGCUGUCUCGCCCCGCGGAAGGCGUCUCGGUCGCCUACUGGCGCCGCCCCGGCGGCCAAGCGACAGACGGCGAGCUCUCCGAUGGAGAGCGCGAGCCUGGGGCGCGCUCGCCGUCGCCCCCGGCGCGGUCGGCUUCCUUCAGCUGCGCGCCGCGGCCGCCGCUGGCGGGCGCGGCGCCUCCGGGGCCGCGGCCUGCAGCUUUCGGGGCCGACGCCGAGUCGGCGGCGGGGCGGCGGGGGAAGCUGGUGCGGCUGCGGUCUUUCAGGCUUGAGGAUUGCGAGGCGGACGACGAGGGGGACGGCCCCGAGCGGGCCGCGCGGUGA